GCACUACAAAAGAAAGGUGAAGUCGCGCAAAAAGUUUGGUACAAAACAUAACACAUGCAUCAGCACUCGAUCUAGGAACCAUUGCACCAAAUAGUUAAUCUCUACUUUAAUUACCUUGUUCACAACGCAACACAACACAUCAUGUUCAAUGCAUAGAAUAAGUGGCCACUAAAUUUAAAUUUUCCAAUUGGCGAUAAUGCCUCCUUUAAAUAUCCUUUACCACUCCAUUCGCCCCUCCAAAAGGACAAAAAGAACGAUCAAAUCAAACUCAACGUACAAUAACAUGCCUUCCUCCUUAUCAUCAUUCCCUUUCACUCCACUCCUCCUCGUACUCUUAACCGCCGCCGCCGCCGUCCCAUCUCCGCCGUCACCGCUGGUCCAUGACAUCUGCAACCAAACCUCCUCGCCCUCUCUCUGCGUGGAGGCGUUCUCCGCCGACCCACAAACCACGACCACCACGAACAACAAGACCGCGAUGGUCGGCACAGCUGUCCGGCUGGUCGGCAACACAUCCGGUUCGACCUACAUCUACAUCUCCGACCUCACGAACCAACCCCCUCGGCCCGUGGGCCGGGCCGGUCAAAAGCGGCUGCACAUAUGCGGGAUGUGUUACCUGUCGGUCAGUUACGACAUGUUGCUUCUCAGCAGCGCGCUGAGCGACAAGUCGUACGGCGCGCUGGCGUCACAGGCGGCGGAGGUGGCGGCUCAGGCCAGGAGAUGCGACGCUGCAUUCUCCAAGUCCACGUGGCAGCCCAUGGGGAAUCGGAACAAGAUGCUGGUGGUUCUUUGCGAGGCUAUUAGGGUUCUUUGCCGCUCCAUCGGUCAUUAACUGUCGUCGGUUAUUGGAAUAUUGAGUGGAAAUGUAGAAUCAAUUAGCGGUUAAGUUAAAAAUAAUUUAAUAAUUGUGGGUACGUACUACGUGGUACGUACGUGGUUAUAUCAUAUAUGUACUGCAUGCAUGUUUGAGUUAAAUCCUCAAAUUAAUAAGCCUUUUGGGCUUGUGAGUCCAUAUUAAACGAAUUAGCCAUUUGGGCUUGUGAGCCCAUUUUUAUUUGACAAGAGGAAAUGCAGGCCCGGCCCUCCAGUUUCCAAGGCUGAAAAAGAAGCGCGGGAAGGAAGUAUAGGAAUCGAGUAGUUUAUUAGCAUUUGCUGAAAUUCCCGCCAGAUGUAGACGAUAGUGACGGGAUGGCCUUCAAGUUGAAUUCCGCCGCCCCAAGUUUCUGUCUCUUUGGGAUGAAUCGCAGCUACCUCUCCUCUCUUUCUUCCCUCUCCACUCCCGAUUCGAACCCAGCUGCUCAUCUACCGCCUCUGCCUCCCGGCUAUUUACUCACCUCGCUGGAGUGCAACAUGCAAGCAAGCUGUUCGACGAAAUGCCUCACCGAACUUUUUCAUACCCACAAUCCGUGUUCCGCUUGGCCUUGUGCACAAUAGUGUGUUUCUGCAAUCUGGAAGCUCGUUUUCGACUAUGAAUGACUCAACCUUUGUCGCUGAUCCUCCCCUCCGCGAUCUGUGGCCUUGUCGAGGUUGGUAAAUGGUAAUGUCCACAAGGCUGGUCAUGUUUUUGAUCGCAUGGUGCAUAGGGAUAGAGAUGUCUUCUCUUGGACCAGUUUGGUUUCCGGCUGUUUAAAGAUUGGGGGAUGUCGAUGAGGUUCUUUUUCCGUUUCAUCUAAUGUCGGACAAGAAUGUGGUAUCCUGGACGGUUACUGUUGCGGGUUGUAAACAGAAUGGUCACAUUGAUCAAGCUCGUCAAUUUUUUGAUCUGAAGCCUCAUAGAAAUGUCGUUUCUUGGACUAUAAGGGUCAAUUCGUGCACUGACGUGGACCCAAUUGAUGAGCCUUGUCAAGUUUUCAACUUGAUGCCAGCCUCAGAGAAAUCCAUGUUCUUGAAAAUUUAUGCUGUUCGGUUUUCUUUCUGCUAAUAGACUGGACGAAGCAGUUCAGCUAUUUAAUUCCAUGCCUCAAAAGAAUGAGAUAUCUUGGACGACAAUCGUCAGUAGUCUGCCAAGCACGGGAUUUUGAUGGAGAAUAUUUUAAUGCAAUGCCUACAAAGGACACAGACGCAUGGAACUCCAUGAUCACAGUAUAUGCUGAACAUGGCAUUGUAGCUGAAACUAGUAAGCUUUUCACUUCUUUGCCAAUAAAAAAUAUUGUUAAUUGGAAUGCUGUACUAGAUGUGUAUGCAAGAAAUGGUUCUCAAGGUCAAGCCUUGCAUCAUGUCUCCCUGAUGCUGCAAUCGAGUUGCAACCCAUAUGAAUCUUCUCUGACUAGCAUCUUGUCUUCCUGCAACUCCAUAUUGGAGCUCAUACAGACUCGUGCCUUGAUUGUCCUUCAUGGGUUUGAGAUUUACUUAUUUCUAGCGAAUGCUCUUGUCACCGCUUAUUCCAGAUGUGGGGAUCUCCAAUCAGCUAGGUUUGCUUUUGACCAGAUCGAAUUCAAGGACAGUUUCUCAGACUGCAAUGCUUUUAGCUUACUCAAACCAUGGAUAUGCUCAACAUGCACUGCUAGUUUUUGCACUUUUUCACUUUCUGAGAUCUGGAUGCAAACUGAAAAAAUUGCAUAUCGUGGA